AUGGCGUCCCAAAAUAAAAAAAAGGCAGAAUACAAAAAUCAAAGGAAUCGGCAUCAUGAAUUGUUAAUGGGUCUUAAGUCAACAGUGGAGGGAUUGCUGGCAACACCAACAAGUAAUGUAUGGAGCACAUAUGGAGGAUUGGAUAGAGUGUGCCUUCAGUUGGAAAAGAUAUUCACCCAUCGGCUUUUGGACAAGUCUGAAGUUAAUGACUUCUGGCCAUUUAUAAAGGAAGUGAAAUGGCAAGAUCCGGUAUUGGAUCCAUUUAUAGAAAGAAUAAACCGUUCAUCUCCUAACCAGGAUGGUUUCUCUAAAGGACAAGUUUGGCUACGAGAGAGCCUACACUAUCAUACUAUCUCUAAUCAGCUGAAUACUCUUGUCCACAAUCAAGAAAUCUUAUUACAGUAUUACCAUGAGGAUGCUUUCCUUUGUAAUCCUAAAUACGUCCAAGCUCUUCUGAUUUGCCUCUAUUCAAUAGAGCGGAAUAAAGUUACCUUAUUGGCAGAAAUCAACCCUGUUUUGUUAACCCUAAGAAGCAAACUGAAUGAAAACAAACCAUCUGAGCCUGUUGCCCAGAGUGCUCCUCUCCCAAUCCGAAACCAUAGAGCAAGUAGCGUAUAUGAUGGAAUGGAGAGGACAAAGAGGGAAAAGACUCCACCCUAUGCCUCCCCCAAGAGGGCACGGGCACUGCUUGGCUAUUCUCAAGCACAAGCAGUCCCAAUACCAAGUUCUGAAGAAAUUGGAGGAAGAGCCAAGGACGCCAUGAGAUCCGUACUGGAUCGUUCUGGAGCUGAUUCCCCUGUUGAGUCCCCACCUCGAAGUUUCAGUUUCUAUGAUAGCAUCAACUCUGAUCCCUUACUGAACUUUGAAUUCACUGGUACUCGCAGUGAACUAAGUCUUUCUACAAGUCACCUGGCCAACAUUGAAUCAAAACCCAGGGAUGGUUCUCCUCCAGAGUCCAAAGAUUGUGUAGAUGGGAAAACAUCCUGUAUUACUGAUAAACAGAUCACCGAAAAGAGCCACUCACUGGUCAAGUCUUUGUCACUUGAUGAUGGGCAUACCUGUGAUCUGACUACUUCCACACAGGAAGGCAAACUGACACAAAACAGUAAGCCUGCUCCUGUCCCUGCCAAUCCACCCACAUCUACCCUUAAUCCCGAACAGACUUCAUUGCAUGUACCCCUGAAAGUCAAACCUGCUAAGACUAACUCACCAAAACCUAGUCAUAAACGAUGUAGAUCGGAUAUUCCAUUUGUUAAGGACAGUCAUACAAUUCCCAGCAGGACUAACCUUCUUACAACUAAAUCCAAUAGUUUUACAACUGAUGAUAAAACAGCUCAGAAUAAAGCAGCUUAUCAACAACCUGAUCUUGUUUACAGUUCAAAAGGUCAUUUUUUAACACACCCAGCACCAGGCCAAUCACUUAUGAGUUUCCUCUCCUCUCAAGAUUUCCACACAUGUGCAAAUCUGGACAGGGAAAAUGCCCAUUUUAGCAUCUCUGAAAUUCUCAUCUCUGCUAUUGAGCAAAUGAAAUGGAAGCAUGUGAUAGCACCUCCAAAUUCUUCAGAUCUAGAAGAUGGUGAUUCUGAUGAAGAAAUCCAACGGCUAAAACAGCGAAUUCGGAUUAGACGAAGAGAGAGAAUGAAAGAGAAAGCUCGAGGAUUCCCUGCAUUCAGUGAUGGACGUACUGACACACCAUCCCCAUCAGCAGACACCUCCUCCACCAACACAUCCUCCUCCUCCUCACCUUGUACAAGUAUGCUGCCUCUUUUGCAAUCAGACAGUUCUGAAUCAAGUGAUGGUAUUGAUGAUCAGGAGAUCGAAUUGUCAAUUACAGACCGAUCUGAAAAUAGUUCCUUACUAAAGAGUAGCGGACUAUCUUUGUCUAUGGCCUCUCUCUACUCGGAUGCUGACCUUUUUCAAAGGAACAUGCCUGCUGAGAAAAUGAGUGUCAGCUCUGCUUUCGAAAGUUGUAACAGUUCUCAGGUGUCAGCAGAAUCAGUGGCAAUCUCCUUACUGAAAAAGUUCUCAGAAAAACAGCUUCCCAAAGCAUCUGAUCUCCAGUGGAUGGUUUCUGAAAAAGAUGCACCCCAGGCAUUACUUCCUCUUCCAAAUUCCUAUCCUAUUUCUCCAGAUGAUGGAGAGUAUGCAGACUUGAGAAACAGAACAAGAUUACGAGGGAAUCUCGAAUGGGCUCCUCCCCGGCCACAGAUUAUUUUUAGCAUUCAUUCAUCUUCCAAACGUUCUGUAACAAUUCCAAAGCAAAAUUAUCGAUGUGCAGGUUGUGGUACCCGUGUAGAACCAGCUUACAUGAAGCGUUUUCGUUACUGUGAAUAUUUAGGAAAAUAUUUCUGCCAAUGUUGCCACACCAAUGCUUCUGCCUUCAUUCCAGGCAGGAUUCUACAGAAAUGGGAUUUCAGCAAAUAUUACGUGUCAAAAUUUUCUUUUGACCUUUUAGCCAAAAUCUUUAAUGAACCAUUCUUCAACUUGGAAGACAUUAAUCCUGUUCUUUAUCGCAAAGUAAAAGCUUUGGAGAACAUUAAACAAUUCCGGCAACAGUUGGUCCAUCUUGCAACCCUCAUGAAAAUCUGCAGGCACGCCAGUACCACAAUUUAUCCUGAGAUUGAAAAGCUUCCUACUCAUCUCAUGAGAGAAAUUCACACAUAUUCAAUAGCAGACCUCAUAAGGGUAAAAAAUGGGGAGCUGCUGCCCCUCUUAAAAAAUAUUGUCACCACAGGAAUUUCUCAUGUCAAAGAAUGUGAGCAUUGUCAAUGCCUUGGAUUCAUUUGUGAACUUUGUAACAAUGAACAUGACAUCAUCUUCCCAUUCCAACUGAGUAAAGCUAUCAACUGUCCAGAUUGUAAAGCCUGUUAUCAUCAAAACUGUUUUAUACCCCAAAAAUGUCCAAAAUGUGCCCGGAUUGCAAUGAGGAAAAAGUUGCAACAACAAAGGUCCAUGGAUAUUGAAGAAGAAGAAGACAAUGGAUGA